CGGAGUUGUAUUCUUAAAGCUGCGCAACCAUGGCGUCUGGAUCUGCGCGCAAGAAGCAGCGCCUGUCGCCGGAGAUCGUUGCGACACCAAAUUCCACUGCGCGCACCGAGCCCAUCACGCCCUCUCGCCGUGCAAUCAGCGCAGGCCCCACACCAGCCGGGCGGACACCCACCUUUCGAACCCCAGGCACUACGGCCAGGACUCCGCGAGGAGGGCCGGCAACGCGACCGAUUUCAGCGCGCAGGGCAGCACCAACUACACCGCAUGCGAUCAGAGCGCUGAGAGAACGAGCCAAUGCCGCGCGAACACCAGGGAACAACCGGCGCAGGAGCGGGAGGUUUCAGCGAGAGACGCCUCGAGACCUCCUGCGCAACCUCAGCAGAGCGCUUGCGCGUGACAGCCGCCCUGUCGAGCCCGAGCCUCAGACACUCCCACGCCGAACCCGACACUCUGCGCUCGACCUCCCAGAUGUUGUGGAGAGCCCCGAUAUUGCUGCGCCCCGGCUCAGCAUGCCGCUGGAGGACAUGUACGACGAUGACAGCUUCCACGAGCGACCACCGAGGCAAUCGCUGCUCCCGGAGUUGCCGGAGGACGUAGACGGAGCUACAGUCCAGUCUCUCGAGUUCGGCCGCCGAGCGCUGAGCGAAGAUCCGCGAUAUGCCAGGAGAGUCAGUGACAGGUUUGCCGAGUUCAGCGAGCUUGGGGUCGAGGGCGACGAGUUUGAGAUUGACGGGACGUUCAUCAACCGGCGGCGCACUGGGGCUUUUGAUCGGUUGCUUGAUCAGACCAUCGUCGAGGAGGAUGAAGAUACAGUGGCAGCUUUGACAGGCCGGCGUGACGGACCAUCCAGCGAUGCAGACUUGGGUGUAUUUGGUCAAGGAGAUGAUGACACCGAGGAGCCGACUUUCAGAUUCCACAUCCCAGAGCGGAUACGAGCGCCCGUUGAGGGAGAAGCGCAGGAUCAAGUAGAGCUGGAUGAGACCGUCGCGCUGCCAGAUGUUUCGGAGGAGGACGAGGACCUGGACGUCGAAGGAGAAGAAGAAGCCGCACUCGACGAAGCAGAAGAGACAGCAGCAUUGGACAUGGGCGAGCCUACAGCCGCAUUCGGCAUGACAGGCUGGGAAUCAGAUCCUGGCGAAGAAGACGAUCCCGAGCUCGCGGCUUACCGCGAAGAAGAGUCCGCCCUAGACCGCAGCUUGCAAGCGCCUGAAGCUUCGACUUCAGUCCAGAAGCGCAUGGAUUCGAAGCGGAAAGAGCUCAAGCUGUCACGAUUCGGUCUGGACUACCCAUCCUUCUCAGCUGCACCGGUCAAGAAGUUAGCACUCAGCUUCAUGAAGUCGCAAGGUAGUAAAGCGCAGCUCAACAAAGACGCACUAGCCGUUCUUGUGCAAACAACAGACGACUUCUUCGAGCAGAUCAGCAUCGAUCUGGCUGCAUACGCACAGCACGCAGGUCGAAGGAUGAUUGAAGAGAGCGAUGUCCUGGCGCUCAUGCGACGGACGCGCAAGACAAGCAAUAACAGCACGACCUUCUCGCUUGCGCAGAAAUUGCUGCCCAGGGAGUUGCUGCAACAGCUCAGGAUGGAGCCGCAGCCUAAACUCCGGGGUCAGAAGCGGAAGCGACUAGCGGCUGUACAGGAGGAAGACAAGGAGUGAGAGUUGAGAUAUGUUACUUUAUGACCACUCGGAGCUGUGGCGCACGCGUCGCUGUGUGCCGGAGAGCGGCUUCUUGACGACCAUCCAGAACAUGAUGGAUGUGGCGAAACUCAGCGCAUACCUGGCGACAUCAGCUAGAGUCCGUUUAGUUGCCGGGAGGAAGUCUUACCAUGUGAAGAUAUACUGCGUAUGGUUGUUCCUCAGAUUCACUGUCGGCGCGCGUCCAAUCGGUAUACCCUUUGGUUCGCGCUCAAAAUUCGUGAGCAGAUCCGGUGCUGCAAUCGUCAGGUACUUUUUCACGCAGGCCUGAACGAUAAGAAUAGAUGCAC